ACUGACUCUUUACUCAGUUCUGACUCCCGUUUCUCUUUCUUCCAAUUCAAACAGACCCUCUCGCAAUCAGGUAAAUUUCUCACCUUUUCUUCUUUUUCUCUCCCCCCUUUUCUUCUUUCACCCUUUUCCUUUUCUCCUCACAACCUUGCUUCAAUAUUAUCCACCCACGUUGUUGUUCUCUUUUGUUUGAUCAUGUCUUUGCUGACUCUUUGUCUUCUUUAAGGUUGUUGGUAGUGUAAUUGUUGUUAGAGAAGAAGUUAACAAGGUGAUUUUCUCGUAGCUUUCUUCUGUUGUCAUGGCACACAAGUUAACGGGGCAGCUUGUGGGUUCAGAGAUACAUGGGUUUCACACGUUGCGUGAUCUGGAUGUUGGGAACACUAUGGAAGAAGCAAAAGGCAGAUGGCUUCGUCCCAAUGAGAUUCAUGCCAUACUUUGUAAUCACAAAUAUUUCACGAUCAAUGCCAAGCCAGUGAAUUUGCCCCCAAGUGGUACUAUUGUAUUAUUUGACCGCAAGAUGCUUAGGAAUUUCCGAAAAGAUGGGCACAACUGGAAAAAGAAAAGUGAUGGGAAAACUGUUAAAGAAGCCCAUGAGCACUUAAAAGUUGGCAAUGAAGAAAGGAUACACGUUUAUUAUGCACAUGGCCAAGAUAACCCAAGCUUUGUCCGUAGGUGUUAUUGGUUGCUUGAUAAGAGUUUGGAGCACAUAGUCCUUGUUCAUUAUCGUGAAACACAGGAGUUGCAAGGUUCUCCUGUUACGCCUGUAAAUUCAAAUUCAAGUUCUGUCUCUGAUCCAACUGCACCAUGGAUUCCAUCAGAAGACUUGGAUUCUGGGACAAACAGUGCUUAUGUUGGGCUUAAUGACAAUUUAACAGUCAAAAGUCAUGAACAGAGGCUUCAUGAGCUUAAUACACUUGAAUGGGAUGACCUAGUGGUUUCAAAUGUCAACAGCUCUACCACUCCAAAUGGAGGCAAUGUUCCAUGUUUGUAUCAACAAAAUCAAAGUUUAUUAAAUGGAAGCUUUGGCAAUGUACCCAGUAAUCUGUCUGCAGAAGUUCAUUCUUAUGGUAAUUUAACUCUGCCAAUUUCUGGGAGCAAUAGUGUUGCUUACAGUUUCCAAGAAGAUAUUAAUCUUCCUAAGAAUGUUCCCAUCUCUGCGGAUGGUGUUGAAUCUGUUGAUACCGUGGGCACUUUGGUCAAUGAAGGCUUGCAAAGUCAGGACAGUUUUAGAAUGUGGAUGAACGUCAUAUCAGAUACGCCAUGUUCCCUAGAUGAGUCACCUCUUGAAUCAUCAAUUUCUUCUAUUCAGGAACCAUAUUCGUCACUGGUGGCAGAUAAUCUGCAAUCUUCUCUGCCAGAACAAGUAUUUAAUCUCACUGAGGUGUCCCCUACAUGGGCAUCUUCCACCGAGAAAACAAAGGUCCUGGUAACUGGAUUCUUCCAUAGUAACUACCAACACCUUGCCAAGUCCAAUCUACUUUGUGUCUGUGGUGAUGUAAGUGUUCCAGUAGAAAUUGUUCAGGUUGGGGUUUACCGAUGCUGGGUAUCUCCACAUUCUCCUGGAUUGGUGAAUCUCUAUUUGAGCUUUGAUGCUCAUAAGCCGAUUAGCCAAGUUGUUAAUUUUGAGUAUCGUACUCCUAUGUUGCAUGAUCCCACUGCUUCAAUGGAAGAGAAACACAACUGGAAUGAGUUUCGACUUCAGAUGAGGCUUGCUCAUUUGCUCUUUGCUACAGAAAAGACCCUCAACAUUUUCUCGAGUAAAGUAUCACUUAAUGCACUGAAAGAGGCUAAAAAAUUUUCCUCUAAAACAUCAUUUAUUUCCAGAAAUUGGCAAUACUUGAUGAAGUCUAUUGAUAACAAUACAACUCCAUUUCCACAAGCAAAAGAUACCUUGUUUGAAAUUUCAUUGAAAAACAAAUUAAAGGAAUGGCUUUUGGAACGAAUUGUCUUAGGCUGCAAGACUACUGAAUAUGAUGCGCAGGGCCAAGGUGUUAUUCAUUUGUGUGCAAUGCUAGGCUAUACUUGGGCUAUUUCCUUAUUUUCUUGGUCAGGCUUGUCGCUGGAUUUCCGUGACAAAUUUGGAUGGACAGCUCUUCACUGGGCAGCAUAUUUUGGAUCGUAUGAUACAUGGAUACUCCUCUUGUUUGAACAUUUAGCUAUGCUGGAGAAAAUGGUUGCUACUCUGUUGUCUUGUGGAGCCAGGCCAAACUUGAUCACCGAUCCAACUCCACAAAAUCCUGCUGGAUGUACUGUUGCUGAUCUUGCUUACACAAAGGGACAUGAUGGCUUAGCAGCAUACCUUUCAGAAAAGUCUCUGGUUGAGCAGUUCAAUGACAUGAGCUUAGCUGGAAAUAUCAGUGGCACACUGGAAACUAGUUCAACUGAUGCAGUAAAUCCUGAGAACCUCACUGAGGACCAACUGUACCUAAAGGAGACAUUGGCAGCUUACAGAACAGCUGCUGAGGCUGCAGGACGCAUUCAAGCUGCUUUUAGGGAGCGCUCACUGAAAUUGCAAUCUAAGGCAGUUGAAUUUUGCAGCCCAGAGGAUGAAGCGCGCCAAAUAGUAGCAGCAAUGAAGAUUCAACAUGCCUUUCGCAACUUUGAGACAAAGAAAAUGAUGGCUGCCGCUGCUCGGAUUCAGCAUACAUUCCGUACAUGGAAGUACCGUAGAGAAUAUCUCCACAUGCGGCGUCAGGCUAUCAAAAUUCAAGCUGCUUUCAGGGGUUUUCAAGCGCGGAAGCAAUAUUGUAAAAUCAUAUGGUCGGUUGGGGUGCUUGAGAAAGCAAUCCUGCGAUGGCGUUUAAAGAGAAAAGGAUUCCGUGGUCUCCAAGUUAAUGCUGCCCAAGAAAUGGAAGAUGAGAAGCAGGAAAGUUGUGUUGAGGAAGAUUUCUUUCGGGCUAGUAGGAAACAAGCUGAAGAACGAGUUGAACGGUCUGUUGUUCGUGUACAGGCCAUGUUCCGGUCUAAGAAAGCACAAGAAGAAUAUAGAAGAAUGAAGCUGGCACAUAAUCAAGCAAAGCUGGAAUUGGAAUUAGAAGAAUUCCUCAAUUCUGAAGUUGACAUCUUAACACCGAGGACAACAUUCCCAAAAGAUGGUUCCUAUUAAAGGUUUUUACUUUUGGGAUGUCGCAAACUCUGUAGAGUCCUGUAACAAUUUAGUUAUAGUUUCGUGUCUUUUCUUGUAUAGCACGUGGACCCUGUAAAUUCCUUAGUGUAGAUCUAAACCCAUGAAUGACCCUUUCAAUUUGCUUUAAUAUCUUGAUGGGGUUGUGUGUGUGUAAUUAAGCUCUCUGGUCAUGGUGGAUGCCUCUGAUGAUUGAUCAAGUUUGUAACACUUAAAUAACUAGCCUUCUUAGAAUUUGAAUAGA